GGGGAGUGAAAACGUCCCAAGUUCGGUUGCACCACUGAUCUCUUGCCUCGCUUUUGGACUAGUGUUGCGGAAACAAAAUCCCAUAUAUGCUGUGUAUAUAUAUGCUACAUAUUAAUGCAGAUAGCAUGGUCCACUAGUCGUUAUAGCGUGUGGUUUACAACAACUUGUCGCCGGCAAAAGUGACAAAAGCCAAACAAGUUUGGCCCGAUUUUAAGCUAGAUCUCGCGAGAGCAUGCCGAAUGCCGGCUGGGCUUAAUUAAAUUAAUAUAAUUUCGGGAGAACGAUCUCGAGUGUGUGAGUGCUUCAAUUAAAUCCAAUAAAUCAUAAAUAAGUGAGUGCCAACCCAACGGAUCCUGUUUUAGUGGUGUGUUUCCCUCGUGCAAUUGUGAUUUAUUGGCCGGGGUGAAUUCAAGUGGAAUUACGAAUGCGAAAACUUAAUUUUGAUGAGUUCCAAUGAAAGUUGAAUCGAAAAUGUUCCCCCUCAUAUGCCUCGCCCUCGUGGCCCAUCUGCCAUCGCAAAUCGAAGCCUUUAAUUUCAUGCCCCGUGCGAGCAUGGUGAUAAACGCCCCGACGAAUCUUAAGUUCUACAUGAACCAAACUCGCAGCUCCUACUUUGGAUACACGCUAGUCAUUCGUGAAACCAGCAUCAUAGUGGGAGCUCCUCGGGCGCAAUCCACUUUAGAAUCGCAGCGCAACAUCAACGAGACCGGGGCCAUCUACCGGUGCUCCCUGACGGACGGAGUCUGCAGUCCGUAUGUCCUGGACUCCCGAGGAGAUGUCGAUGCGCCGUACAACGAGUACACCUGGGACUCGAUGCGCAAGGACUUCCAGUGGCUGGGCGGAUCGAUGGAUGGCGGCACCCGCGACACCGACAAGCUGCUCGUCUGUGCCCCCCGAUUGUACGCGACCAGUCCCAGGGACUAUCACCUGCACGGCGUGUGCUACUGGGUCAACAACACACUGGCCAGCACUCCGGGGCAUGUGACCCGCAUCUCACCACUGCGCCUGAAGGCACUGCAGGUGAUCGAGGAGGACGACGGCGUCAAGGCCAGCUUCAACUACAUCAUGGGCGAAAUGGGUCUGAGUGCCCAUGUGGCGGACGACAAUUCCAAGUUUCUGAUCGGAGCCCCCGGCAUCAAUACGUGGAAGGGAUCGGUGGUCCUCUAUCGGCAGGUGGAUCCCGUGGAGAAUCCCACCGCCAGCAGACGUGACACGAGCAAGGCGCUCCACCACCGCGCCAUCCGUGAUGUGGACACCAACGAGUAUAUACCGGAGCACUAUGCCCCUGAGAUCCCCAAGCCACUGCUUUGGAAGCAGGAGGAUGACUCGUACUUCGGCUAUGCCGUGAGCUCCGGCUACUUUGACAGCUCCAACCCGAAAACCCUGCUCUACGUGGCCACCGCUCCGCAGGCCAACAAGCAGUCCGGCGAGGCUUACAUCUUUGAUGUGCGGGGAAAGAGCAUCCACAAGUUCCACGUCUUCCGGGGCGAACAGUUUGGCGAGUACUUUGGCUACUCCGUUCUGGCGGAGGAUCUCAAUGGCGACGGCAAGACGGAUGUCAUCGUAUCUGCUCCCUUCCACGCUCUGGAGGAUUCCUACGACAAUGGUGCCAUCUAUGUGUUCAUCAACAAGGGCUUUUUCAACUUUGAACGGAAGAUUUUACGUUCGCCAGUGGGCACCAGAGCGCAUUUCGGAACUACUCUUGCUCGUCUGGGCGACAUCAACCACGAUGGCUAUAAUGACGUGGCCGUGGGAGCUCCCUUCGCCGGAAACGGAUCGGUGUUCAUCUACUUGGGCGGCGAACUUGGCUUGCGGGAUCAGCCAAGUCAGCGACUGGACGCUCCUGCCCAGCAAGCUUCCAAAUACGGAUCACAAAUGUUCGGACAUGGUCUCUCGCGCGGAUCGGACAUAGAUAAUAAUGGAUUCAACGACUUUGCCAUCGGAGCCCCCAAUGCUGAGGCCGUGUACCUGUAUCGCGCCUAUCCCGUCGUUAAAAUUCAUGCCACCGUGAAAUCGGAAUCGCGGGAGAUUAAGCCGGAGCAGGACAAGGUGAAGAUCACCGCCUGCUACCGGCUGAGCACCACUGCAAGGGCAACGGAGGUGCAGCAGCAGGAGCUGGACAUCCGGAUCGCCAUCGACACGCAGUUGAAGCGGGUUAAGUUUGCCCAGUCGCAGACCAAUGAGAUGAGCUUCAGGGCGAAUGCGGGCCUAGGCGAACAGUGCCGGGUGUACGAGGCACAGGUGCGCUACAGCGAGAAGGACAUUUUCACGCCCAUCGACCUGGAGAUGCACUACGAGCUGACCAAGAAGAUUCCCGACUCGGAGGUGUUCUGCGAAACCUGCGUGGCUGUGGAUCCGGCGGAGCCAAAGGUUUACACCGAGAAGAUCAUUUUCAGCACGGGCUGUGCCACCGCUGUUUGCACCGCCGAUCUGCAGUUGAGGAGCAAGGAUGUGAGCCCCACUUAUAUUUUGGGCAGUGCCGAUACCCUGCGUCUGAAUUACGAGAUCACCAACAACGGAGAGACCGCCUAUCUGCCCCAGUUCAAUGUGACCAGCACCUCGCGUUUGGCCUUCGCUCAGGUUCCCGGAAAUUGCAAGGUGGCCGAUGCAGUAAUGGUCUGCGAUCUGAACCGAGGACGACCACUGGCCAAGGGUGACAGUGACUCCGUGACCAUCAGCUUCGAUGUGAGCCAACUCAGCGGACAGUCGCUGAUCAUCCAUGCGGAGGUAUUCAGCACGGGGUACGAGAAGAAUCCCACGGACAACAGGCAGACCAACGUGAUUGGCCUGCGGGAGUACACCGAAAUCGAUGCCAGCGGUGGCCAGACAAACGAUCAAAUCGAUUUGGAGCACUACAGCAACUCGGCGGAAAUCAUCAACCAGUACGAGAUCAAGAGCAACGGGCCCAGUGUCAUCGAGCAGUUGACCGUGUCCUUCUACAUACCCAUUGCCUAUAAGGUGGCUGGCCAGACUGAAGUGAUACCCAUCAUAAACAUAACCAGCCUGAAGAUGCAGGCCUCCUAUGAUUCCCAGCUGCUGGGCGUGGAUCUGUACGACCAGAACAAUACGCUGCUGAUUGUGGAGUCCCUUGAGGUGGCCACUACCACCACGCUGAGCGGAGGCUUGGAGCGCACUGUGAUCACCCAAAAUGGACAGGGCUACGACAUCCACACCAGUGGACAUGUGCACCAGACGAUGCAGGUGCUCGACCCCGACAUGGUGGCCACCGCCUCCAUGUCCCGCCGGCGUCGCGAUCUCAAGGCCUUGACCGCCCACCGGGAGCAGUAUGCUCGCAUCUCGAAUGUCAAGGCCCACGAUCUGCUGAGCGAUGACUUCAAAGACAAGCUGCCGGUGAAUCGCACCAUCGUGUUCAAUUGUCGCGAUCCCGAGAUGACCAUCUGUGUGAGGGCCGAAAUGCGCGUCCACUUUAGGCCGGAGAAGUCCAUUAACCUGAACAUGCGCUACAAGGUGGAUCUGAACCAGGUGAAUGCCAUUCUGAUGGACCCCUGGGAGUACUUUGUCAUCCUCACCGACCUGAAGCUGCUCAAGAAGGGCGAUCCCACGUCCAACACGUUUCUGAUCAACCAGAGGAUCGAGCCGAACAUCAUAUCCAAGCAUCUGGAGGCUGGACUGCCCAUCUGGAUCAUCAUUUUGUCCGUGAUCGGUGGCCUCCUGCUGCUCGCCGCUAUAAGCUAUACUCUGUACAAGUUUGGCUUCUUCAAUCGCGCCAAGAAGGAGGAGCUGGACAGGUUGGUUCAGCAGAACCCCGUCGAACCGGAGGCGGAAAAUCUGAACAGUGGGGCCAACAACUAGCUCGGGACAAGAUGUUCCCUAGCCGUAUACACAUCACAUUCUAAAUGGAUGGACCAGUUACUAAAGCCUAGUUUCACAACGGGAAGACUACCUACCCACUGAGUGUGUUCUCAAGCAUUUAAAAAAGCAGCUUAAAACGAAAAGCGAUCUACGAAAAGUACGUGCAACUUGCAAACCUCAAAGCAUUUAAUGUUCUUGUUGGUUUCAUUUUCUAGUGGCACAAGUCGUGUGCCUUGUAAUUUGUAGCCUACAACUAAUUUGUACGAAAGUCCCAUGUGUGCUGCACCAGCCAUAUUGCCAUUUGUUGUAUAUAUUUAUUAAACUUUUUAAUUAAUCGUAAUUUUAAUGACGUUGUAAAGGCAACUUUACAUGGCGACGUAAAAGACUUUAUUAAUGUGUAAAUUGUAAAAACGAAAUAUAAGCGAUAUCAUAAGCCCCAAAAACAGAUUGUUUAGAACUUAUUCUUGUAUUAUAAUAGAGUAUUAAAACAACGAAGAAUGAAUAAAAAUGAAAACGAAACAAA